UUGGUCUCAAUGAUAUUGAUGAGAACUCUUAGAAAUGAUUAUGCAAAAUAUGCACGAGAAGAUGAUGAUCUGGAGACUCUGGAAAGAGAUGUAAGUGAGGAAUCAGGUUGGAAACUUGUCCAUGGGGAUGUUUUUCGGCCUCCACACAACUUGGUUCUACUAUCAGCACUUGUUGGCACAGGUGCUCAACUUGCAAUGCUUGUUCUCCUUGUCAUCUUAUUGGCGAUCAUUGGGAUGCUCUAUGUUGGUCGUGGAGCAAUUGUGACAACUUUCAUAGUAUGUUAUGCUCUUACAUCGUUCAUUUCGGGCUAUGUGAGUGGUGGACUCUACUCCCGCAAUGGUGGUAAAAACUGGAUAAAGUCGAUGAUUCUCACAGCAUCUCUUUUCCCAUUUAUGUGCUUUGGCAUUGGUUUCAUACUAAACACAAUUGCCAUAUUCUAUGGAUCCCUAGCAGCUAUUCCUUUUGGCACAAUGGUUGUUGUGUUUGUAAUUUGGGCUUUCAUCUCUUUCCCUCUUGCACUUCUUGGUACUGUUGUUGGAAGGAACUGGAGUGGUGCUCCAAACAAUCCUUGCCGUGUGAAGACCAUUCCACGUCCUAUCCCUGAGAAGAAAUGGUAUCUUACACCUUCUGUUGUCUCUCUAAUGGGAGGUCUUCUUCCAUUUGGCAGCAUCUUCAUUGAGAUGUAUUUUGUAUUCACAUCCUUCUGGAAUUACAAGGUAAAUGUUAUAUCUACCUUUCUUUAUGAAUAUGAAUAUUGGGGAUCAUUUUCAUGAAAAUUUCUAGCACUU